AUGAGCGGAAACGACGUUGUUUCUGGGAAUGAAGUAGCACAUCAUGAACCGGGCCAGGAGAAGAAACCGCUCGUGAUUUUGAGCGACUCCGAGAAGGAGAUCGUCGAACUUCAGCUGAACGGCCUGCCAACGGCAAUAGAUGCCCAAAGCCUCUGGUCAUACACCACAGCCUGGGACAAGACCAUCAUCAUUGUCAGUGUGGCCGCCGCCAUUCUUGGUGGUGCUUCGAACCCCUUGCUAACAGUAGUCUAUGGAUUGGCUGUGGGUUCGUUCGCGGAUAGAUCCAACGGCGUGACCUCCAUUCCGGAAUUGUCUGCAGCAGUGGCUAAGGUCUGCCUAUAUUGGGUUUAUCUCGGAAUUGCCAUGUUCUUCUUCAUAUAUAUCACGACCGUUGGAUUCUAUUACGUCGGUGAACGCGUUGUGAUGCGCCUACGCUAUGCCUAUCUCCGGACAAUCCUUCAACAAAAUAUGGCAUUUUUCGACACUCUCGGCGCCGGCGACGUCACAACGCGUAUUACCUCGGAUAUGAAUCUCAUCCAAGAAGGUAUCACCAGCAAAGUGUCCAUGGGCCUCAUUGCAGUAGCAACGUUCUGCUCAGCUUAUACCAUCACAUACAUCCAGUACUGGAAGCUUGGCCUUAUCAUGACAUCGACCGUGGUUGUGAUGUUGCUCACUGGAACUGCUGGAGGUAUCCUGGCCGUCAAAAAUUCUAAGUCAAGUAUGACCCUAUAUAAUAGUGGUUCUAAUCUGGCUGAGGAGAGCAUCGGGUCAAUAAGGCAUGUGACUGCGUUCGGUAUCCAGAAUGCUCUUGCAGAUAAGUAUCUCAGCUUUUUAAGGCAGGGAGAAAAGCCUGGUAUCAAAGCAAGACUGGCUAUCUCUUUCAUGAUUUCUUUUAUGAAUGGCCUUCCUUUCCUCUCUUACGGUCUCUGCUUCUGGCAAAGCGGGAGGUAUAUUAUAUCAGGGCACAUGGGUCCGGGGGCUGCUGUAACUGCUACAAUGGCCAUUGUUAUUGGAGGCUUCUCGAUAGGAAGGGUUGCACCAAGUCUCCAGUCUUUCAUGUCUAGCACAGCAAGUGCUAGUAUGAUCAUUCGUUCUAUGCAACGCGCAUCCCCUGAGGAUCCCUUAUCGACAGAGGGGGAAAGACCUGAGGGAAUAAAGGGUGAAGUCUCCUUUAAUGACGUUAGCCUGGUCUACCCAUCAAGACAAGAUGUUGCUGUCCUUAAACGUGUCUGCCUAACGAUGCCGGCAGGGAAAACAACAGCAAUUGUGGGACCAACUGGAUCCGGAAAGAGCAGUAUUGUUGGCCUGGUUGAGCGCUUUUAUAGACCAACUAGAGGCCAUAUCACUCUUGAUGGACACAAUAUUCAAGAUCUCAACUUACGGUGGCUGCGCAGCCAACUGGCCUAUGUAGGCCAAGAGCCAAUCCUAUUUAAUACCACUAUUCAGGAGAAUAUUGGUCAUGGAUUGGCUUACCUUAACGAUGCCGCUCGCUCAUCCAGGGAUCUCAAAGCUGCCGUUAUUGAGGCUGCAAAGGAUGCAAACGCACAUGAUUUCAUCAUGGCACUGCCCAAAGGCUACGAAACUGUGGUUGGCGAAAAGGGUCUGCAGUUAUCUGGAGGGCAACGGUAG